GACAGGUUCCUGCAAAAGCAGCUCAGAAUUCUGAUCAUUUGCACAGAGCCGCUUCACAAGGAGUUUGCCCGCCAUCUCAAACAGCAAAAGGCUGGUCGUCUAGACAUGCUACAGUGGCAUGCACGCAGGGCCACGGGAGCUUUGGUAAAUGAAACCAUACGGUCCACUCUGGAGAUGAUGAAUUCUCCGGAUAUGCCAAGAUGGCUAGGAUGCCACCCAGGGGCAGUGAAUAUCGAAGACGUUGCAGAAGAAGACCUCCAGGUGGCAGAGCAAUUGUUCAGCUUUGUGGUCGAGGUCGCAGGAAACAGGGCUUGGAGCCAACGGGUCUUUUCUGACCUUCUGCCUUACAACGUGACCUUAAUUUUCCAGGAGGAUCAGGCAGCGCGUUUGGCGGCGUCUACAAAGCUGCAAAAGAUUGCUGGAGCCAUGGUUGCGCUAGACCUUCUAGCAAAGCGACCAGGUGAGACGAAGACCCGUUUAGAGGACGUGUUCGGGUGGCUUGCCGACAAAUGCCAAAGGCAUUCUAAGGCGAUGAAGUUCAGCCCGUUCAGCCGCCAUGUUUACACAAUGACGGCCCCCAACGCCGGACAGAUUCGACCCACCCAAACAGACCUUCUUCAGUUUGAUUCUGGGAACGCGCAAAAGUUCUUGGCGGAGACGACGCCAUACACGACAGAAAAUACAGCUGUCCCAACUGAUGCUGAGGGAAACAUUCUGGCCAGCCCAGACCUAGUCCGAAAACACUGGCGAAAAGCCGGUUUUCAUGCGAAUAGAGAUGCCGUGGCAGCUUUUGGUCUCGUCCUCUCAUGUGGGAUUGCUGAUCUUGAGAGAGGGGUCCCACAGUCCUGGGCAGGCUGCCUCUUGUGGAAAUCCGGCGUCUUCUUUCACCAAGCCAAGAACACCUACGCCCUGUCGCUGGGUUUCAAGAAAUACGCCGUGCUGGCAAUGCCGCUACGCCCCACAGUCAUCGAUGGAGAGGCGUGUAGGAGUGACUCCUGCAGACUUUAA